UUCAAAUUGGAGGCAAAUCCUAACGCGUAACGGUAACAUAAGCGGUCUGAGUCUCCUUCUCCUUCUGGGAUUCGAUGAUUUAACCUAUAAAAAGGAAAUAUUGGAGUUCUUACAAACAAUUGCUACUUGCUACUGCCAGAGAGAGAGAUAUAGAGAGCAGAAAAAACAACUGUCUUCUUCUUCCUUCGAUCGUCAUUCAUUCUUCUGGGUAAUUCAUUCUUCUCCUUCAAUCUCCAUCGAUUUGAUCGCAAUACCAAUCUGGUUACUUCUAAGAACAAAGCGAUGAGGAAGAAACUUACAUCUGUUUGGGCCCACAAUUUUGAGCAAGAACUCGCCUCCGUCGAUCGGUGUCUCUGCCGUUUUCCGAUCGUCUCGUUCGACACCGAAUUUCCGGGGUUUCUCCGCAACACCCCCAGACGCGCUUCCGAGGGCCUCCGUUACCAAGAUCUCGCAUUUAACGUCGAUUCUCUUAAACUCAUCCAACUGGGUAUCACCCUGUUCGACGACCGCGGCAACGUCGGCGGCACCUGGGAGUUCAACUUUCGGGGUUUUGACGAGGAAACCGACCCCCAUGUUCCAGAAUCCAUCGCCCUCCUCAAAGCCAGUGGCUUGGAUCUCGAGAAAUUUGGGAAGUUCGGCAUCGAUUCGGAUAUUUUUGUGGAGGGUUUCGUUGAGAUUUUAAGGGUGCACAGGGGGCGGCUUGUAUGGGUGAGCUUCCACGGCCUCUACGACUCGGCCUAUGUAAUGAAGCUGGUGACGAGGAAGACCAUCCCCAGCUCCCCCAUUGAGUUCGCAAAGGUGGCAGGUCGUUUGUUCGAGAGGGUCUACGACUUGAAGUUUAUGGCCAGGUACUGCCCGGGCCUAUUUGGGGGCGAAAUUGGGCUCGAAAGGAUGGCAACAAUCCUCGGAGUGCAGCGUUGCGGGGAUGCCCAUCAAGCGGGUUCCGACAGUCUGUUGACGGCUGAGUUAUUCCUGAAGAUGAGGAGUGAAUUUGGGUUGAAGCCUGGAAUGUACGAGGGAUUUCUCUACAGUCUUAGUCCCAAGAUUUGUGGUGCUUCUAAGUAUCUUUGUUCCUCUGUACACACUGUACACAGAGCUCCUCCUCAUUCGGUGAUCCUUGUCCCUGCGUUCCCCACAAGACCCGUCAUUCUCAUCCGCCACCCCUUCUCCCGUGAUCAAUCAUGCCAGAGCCGCCAUCAUGCUGCCCCAGUUAUGCUUUACCGUCAUCCUCCUCCCGUGUUUCUGCAUCGGCGUCCAUGUAGUCCUUUUCCUGCUUUGCCUCAAGCCCUUCCUGAAAACCACAUUCACAUGUGAAUUAAUGUUGUUAGAAUAUAUAGUUCAUAUGAUAUCCAUAUUUGUAACACUCCUGUAAUUGUCCAUACAUUGUAAUUCAUUCAUUCAUUCAUUCGAUUAAUGGAAUACAAGUUUAUUUCAAUCAGUUCAAUUUUCUUAUUUCCAUUCCUUUUAUUCAACUUGAUUGAAUAACAAGUGCACAUUUACAUACAAAACAUAAUCCAUUUACUCUCAGCAGAAACUUGUUUCAUCAAAUCUUGUAUGCGCUAUACAGAAUCUCAAAUGUGAAAGUAAAAGUUUGUGAACAAAACGGUAGCUAGUGCAAAUCUGACCUAUUCCGAACAAAAUGGAGAGACAAUAGAGAAAAACAAAUCUGUACACCAAGGUCUAAAAUUAACAACAGCCAAGCUUCUCGGCUAUUUUCUCAACCAGAACAUCUUUCCGAAACAUAGUUGUCAGGUUGAUUGCUGUGCCGCCAACUGCUUCAGUUCAAUUAUGUUCUCCUUCUGAAGAUCUUCCUCUUUGGAUAGACUGCACUCUGAAGGUCCCCCAUGCUCCCACCAUCAGUUGCAACCUUGUGUGAAUCUUCAACCCUAAAUCUACAUUCAAACCUUUAAUCUCUGCAGUAAGUGGGAAAGUACCUUCCAUCUUCUUUUAUUACUGUGAAACUGAAGUCCCUAACAUCUCCGUACCUUAAUAAAUUCCAAGUCAUCACCAAAAGAUGUUGCACGAACAAUCUCUAUUUCUAAAAUGAUGAAACUGACUUUUAUCUCUCAUGACAAUCUAGCUUUUGAUAGCCUUCAAAACAAAUUUACAAAAACUAUGGCAGUCAUCUCAUCGCACACCCUCAAAUUUUCACCACCCUAACGGGGGUUUCAAUUCUUAGAUUUAUAAGACGAUGCAACGGCAAGCUUUUCACUUUGUCAGCAUUGCUUCUUUUUCCUCCAUGUCCAUACCAUGAAACACAGAACUGUUAGUUGGAAUGUAACCCAUACUCUUCACUUGUCUCAAUAAGGCCUUAAACUUCUUAUAUAUUUCUGCUGACUCUGGCAACCGGCCCCCACCAUAGAACAUUUGGAAGUUUCCGUUACAUUCAACUGAGAUGUAGGCAGCUAUUUUCUUGACGCCUCUUUUUCACUUCCUCACCUUAUCGACAAAGUUCCACCCUCCAGCAGCCACAUACAUGUUUGACAUUAAGACAUGAUAUCAACCAAUAUCAGCAGCUAAUUCGAAAUGCAAAUCAACUGCAUGCUGGCCCAGUACAACAUUUUGGUGGAUUCUCCAGGCAGCCAAUAUAGCUCCCACCCUC